AUGCCAACAGAUUCCGAUUUUGUACCAGCGUUGCAGUUAAAAUUUUGGCCAGUAAAUCUCAACGAUUUACAAGAAACAUCACUAAGUCUUGCUCAAAAAUGGAUUAAAUAUGUCGUAGAUAUAGUGAAUUCUGGUAAAUGUACGCACUAUUUUAUUGAUGAAUUCAAUAUUUUUGAACCAUAUACGCCUGAAAAUUUGGAAAAAGCUAAACAAAUUCUUCUCAAUGAAGUAAAACUCGAUGAAAUAAUCGAAACACACAUGUAUACGGCUCAAAAUCAACAACUAUUGUUUGAUACAUUCAAAUUAAAUAAACAAAAUUAUAUAUAUGAUCUGAAAGUAAAAGACAUUUUAUCUCUCAUCAACGAUUAUCGUACACUGAAAGAAGAUUGUAUUGGUCUAUUCACGGAGAUUAAAAAUCAGGAUAAAGAGUUAAGCGAAGCACUUGAUAUCUUAUCUGUCUUAAGACGGUUUGAUGCGAAAAAAAUGGAAGAUUGGAAAACGUUUCGAGAAUUAUUUUUAGAUCACAAUGACUCUUCCGAAUAUGCUGAACCUAUUUGGAACGACAAUGUUGUACAAAACGAAGAUCCCAUAGUUUUUUGUUCAAUGUUGAGCAUGAUCGGUACAGUCUUACAUUUGAUACAACAGAAUAUCGAUGAUUCACCAGAUUUUCUUACACAAAAUGUCCAGAAAGAUGAUGUUGAUGUUAAAAAGUAUUAA